AUGUUGUCUAAGAGAAACAUAGAGAGUCCAAUUCCUGGCCGGUAUCGCGCGGCGAAGGCUUCGGCUUUCACGCUUCAAUCGCGCAGGGUUCCUCGCGAGAGAACCAAAGACAGAGCGCCCAAAGACAAAGAGCGAGACAGUUCUGGUUCUGGCUCUGGUUUGAUUGGCAGUAAGACUCAGCGACUCGAGCGUCGAAGAUUCGACAAACCCCCAGAUGUAACAGCCCCCGCAACAAGCCCAAUAGUAAUGCUCCGCGUUGGCCCGCAAAAGCGCCUCUUCGCCGCCCACGAAGACAUCCUCUGCGCAUCCCCCUUCUUCGCCGCGCAUUGCGCAGCCCAAACACCAAACCCGAAUGCGCCACGGCCCAGACUCCCCCUCCAACCACCAAGCAAGCGCAUAGACCUCCCAGACGAGCAAGCUGAAGUCUUCUCCUGCGUCCUCGAGUAUCUUUACAAGGGCGAUUACUACCCGCGCCUGCGACAUAACCGCAAGACGCAGACAUGGGAGCUGGAGGAUGCAGACGCGGGUGUUGGCACCAGUGGGGAAUUGGGCCAGGCGACAGCGACGGUGUUUCAUCAUAGUGCGCGGGGGGUGAUAUUGCGGGAUACGGCUAUUUACUGCGCAGCAGAAAAAUACAACCUCCCUCAUCUACAGCGUCUCGCGCUGCGCAAGCAGGGCCUACACACCGGGAUUCAGUGUAGCACGAUACUUGCGAGUGCGCGGUUCGCGUACGAUAACACGCCGGAUACGGAGUCGAAGUUGCGAGCGCAUUACCUUGCGCUGAUCGUGCGCUCGCGGAGCACUUUUAUGCGCAGUGGGACUAUGCAGGCGGAGAUGGAACGUGGAGGGAAGUUGUUUUUCGAUCUUUUUGUUGCGUUGUGUAAUCAUAUGGAUGACUAUACUGGCCAGUCAGUUGAUAGUUCAGCUGUUACGACUCAUUGUUAG